UUUUUUAAAACAAAUAUUUAUACAUACACUACUAUACACAAUAUGACCGUAUCCACUCCUUAUCAUAUCGCAAAGCCAUUCAAAGUUUCCAUCAUUGGAUCCGGUAACUGGGGUACCGCUGUUGCCAAACUCGUGGCUGAAAACACUGCCGAAAAGCAAGAAAUAUUCGAACGGGAAGUCAAUAUGUGGGUCUACGAAGAAAUGAUCGAAGACCGCAAACUUACCGACAUCAUCAAUACCGAACACGAAAACGUCAAGUAUCUCCCAGAUGUUAAGUUACCUGCCAACUUGAUUGCCAACCCUGAUAUUGUUGAUACAGUGAAGGACGCUGAUUUGAUUGUGUUCAACAUUCCUCAUCAAUUCUUGGGAAGAAUCGUCAAACAACUAGAUGGCCACGUCAAGCCUACCGCCAGAGCCAUUUCCUGUUUAAAGGGAUUGGAAGUUGGUCCUGAAGGUUGUAAAUUAUUAUCCACAUCCAUCACUGAAAAGUUGGGAAUCUACUGUGGUGUUCUUUCUGGUGCCAAUAUCGCUUCAGAAGUCGCUAGAGGAAGAUGGUCUGAAACUUCUAUCGCAUAUACCUUACCAGCUGAUUUCCGUGGAGCUGGACGUGAUAUUGACGAAUUUGUAUUGAAGCAAUGUUUCCACAGACCUUACUUCCACGUCAGAGUCAUCAGAGAUGUCGUUGGUGCUUCCAUAGCCGGUGCCUUGAAAAACGUUGUUGCCUGUGCCGUUGGUUUCGUCAUUGGUGCUGGUUGGGGUGAUAACGCUCGUGCUGCCAUCAUGAGAAUUGGUAUCAGAGAAAUCAUCAACUUUGCUUCUCAUUGGGAGAAGUUUGGUAUUAAGGGGUUAGCUCCACCAAGUCACUCUACAUUCACCGAAGAAAGUGCUGGUGUCGCUGACUUGAUCACUACCUGUAGUGGUGGUCGUAACGUUAAGGUUACUAAAUACAUGGUUGAAAACAAUGUUGAUGCCUGGGAAGCUGAAAAGAUUGUCUUGAAGGGUCAAAGUUCCCAAGGGAUAAUCACUGCUAAGGAAGUUCACGAAUUAUUGGAAAAUUUCCUGUUACAAGAUCAAUUCCCAUUAUUUGAAGCUACAUACAAGGUUAUCUACGAAGAUGGAAGUGUUGAAGAUUUCCCAAGACUUUUAGAAGAUGAUUCUGUAUGUUAGACACUGCUUCACGAAAUUUCAUGUACAAUAGAUAGAUUCUUUGGUUUCCUUUUUUUAUGAUUAUUUAUAGAUUAAUUCAAAUAUAGACAUUGAUGUUAC